GGAUAAAGUUCAUGAGCAGAAAACUGAAUUUACCUUCUACUGACACUAUAGUGUGGCAUCACUUGUUGACCAACAAACAUGGCAUCCUGCAUUUUUGGUUUCAUUGUAUCCUUCAUAGUUGUAUUAUGUGUUUCCUGCACUGUCAAUGCAGAAUCAACAAAUGCAGCAACUUCAAAGUCGAAAGUUGUGAAAUUUCCAGCAUUUCCAUAUUUUGUCAAGACAAAAAUUAUGAGAUUUCCCCUGCACUCAAAGAUGGUGCGGGUUAAAAGAAGAAUGGCAUUUGUGCAUGAAGAAAAACCAGACAUUAAGAAACAGACAAUUUCCCCUGUCAACACUCAGCAAAUGAUUUUGGAACCCCUGAGGAACAUUGGACCCAUGUCUUUCAGGGAACUUGGUAAAAAAGAGAACGUGAAAACAACUUUUGGAGGUCAUGAUGGCUAUACAGCUGGAGGGAGGCACAGCUUUUCCACAUCAGAUUCAAGCAUCCAAAUGUCCAACAAAGGAAGCAACUUUCCACAAGACCUCAUCAAUGGGAAUGUUAACUUGGCACAAUUUAUCAAUCAACCAGCUACUGCUGCACCUGCUUUGUCUCACCCAGAGAAAAGAGAAAUUCAACCAUGGGAAAAGCUGUUGCAGGAAACAUCCAAUGGAGGAUUUUCUGCAUUCAACUCAAAGGUAAAAGGCACUUAUGAGGCGAGGUUGGACCCAGAGGAGCUUUUCAACUACUCAGAUGACACCACAAAAACAUUUUUCAAGGAUGGCCAAAAACGAAGACGGAGACACAUUUCCCAUGCAAAAAAUCGCACCGACAUUGAGGUGACUUCGGAUAAAUCCCCAUUGUCAUACACUUGGAGCAAACUUGAGGUCCCAGUUCAAGCUUUCAUUGUGAACCUUAACCAAGAUGGCAAUGAAGAUGAAGCACUUGAUGUAGAAGUGCAAGAGGCAGCAUCACAACAUGUUCCAGGAUCAAACGAAGAAGCACAGAACUUGAAAACUUCUCAGCUUGAUGGCAAUCUUCAACUCUCUGAAGAAGACACUCAAAUCAACCACACAAACAUAGUUACUACGCAUGAGGGAAUCCCUGAACUAUCAUUCGAAAAAAUCAACAUCGAAUUUUCAAAUGACUCAUCCAGCCAACACGGAAAACACUUUGAAACCACACUGCCGAAACCUGCUGUUGGACAGGAACAUUACCCAAAGCAGUGUCACCAAAACAAAGAAAAUGAAAAACAGAUGUUGCCCUUGUGGCAGAAGAGGAAGGCUUCUGAAAAGCGGUCAAACCAGGUUAAAAAAUAGCGUGAUAUCUGAUCCGGGAGAAGCGCGCUGAUGAUCCUGAGGAGAAAGAUGAAGAUAUGCCAGAAAAUUGUGAAGAAGCUUUUGAUCCCUAUGCAUGUUUCCAGAAGCGAUAUGGGCCCAAGGAUUGAUUGUGCUUCAGGGUUUUGAGAAUGGGAUAAUGAGUUUAGUACUUUGAAACCACAUCCUCAUGUACUUCAUGCACAAAACCUGCUGUAUACUCAGUGUUUUUCAAAAUGAACUGCAUCAAGCAAGAAAUGCAGUCCAAUGGGUAUACAACAUCA